UCGUGCGCACGGUCGGUCCCCGCGGAACCGUCGUCGAACCGCAACGAAAAAAAUCCCUAACACCUCUCGUCACCGCGCAGAGUCGCCCGUCGUCUCGUCCGCACCGCGACUAUUGUAAUAAUAUACGGUUCCUCCGCCGCGCCGAGACCACUGUACCGUCUCUUAUACCCAAACCGCGGUAUAGACCGCGCGUUUUCCGACCGUCCGUCCGAGUCGGUUCUACAAUAACAAAGUAAUACAGUAUAAUAUUGAUGUGACAAAACAACGUUGUUCACAUCGUACAAUAUUUGUUAUAAUUCGUUAACACACGCGACGACUAUAAUAAUAUCAUCAUCGCCGCCGCCGUCGUCGUCGUCGUGGUCGUAGUUGUUAUUUUGCUAUUAUCGCGCGAACAAAAAACGUCACGAUCACGCGACCUGUCACAUCUGCUCGGCGAUUUGGCGAACACAAAAGAUCCGCUCCGACAAAACAUAUCGUACGCAAACACGCCAACCCGCAAAGCUCGUCGUACCUAUAUAAAAACGGUACCGAUUGCGACGACAUAAUUUACAUCACCACAGCGCGGUCGAUGAUAUUGCCCGACGACAUUUCUGUUCUGGUUAAUUUUUUUCGUUUCUUCCGCAUCAGUUACGCGUCACGUCACGUGAUUGCCACUAAGACGACAACGACGACGACGACGAUGGCCGUCGACGGUAAAAAAACUUGCAGCCGACUCGCCGCCGCGACUGUCCUCUGGCUGCUCGUCGCGAUCUUCGCAAAUCAGAAUUAUGUACACUGCCAAGCUGCAAUAGAAGAAGAGCAAAAGUACGCACAAAAAUAUUCCCAACAAUUAUCAAAUCUAAAAAUACUACAACAGCGUGAACAGCAACAAGAACAGCAACAACUACUAUCACCACCACAGCAACCACUAUCACCACCAGAGCAACCACUAUCACUAUCACAGCAACCACCACCACAGCAACCACCACCAAAUCAGCCACAAUCAUCUGGAAUAAUGGGUCCAUUAAAUAUGAUGGAAAAUAGUAUACAACCAAGUAUAAACAAAAUUACUAAAGAAGUAAUUAAUCCUGACUUUGGGUCAAGACCAAUAACACAACAACUGAGCAAUGGUGCAGGUUCAUCGAAUAUACCGAUCGGUGACCGAGUACCAAUGUUUUCCGGUAGUUUACCUGUGGUAACUGGUUCUCAACAGUCUCAAUUACCCAUGCAGACUGGUGGUCCACCACAGGCGCCAAGCUUCGUUGAAACUAACCCAUCUCAAGGAAUGAUUUCAAAUUCACCAUCAUUGCAGACAAAUCGGCCACCAGUCCAAAAUACAUGGAAUGUUCUCCCAUCGGCUAACGAACCUACGAAUAAUCCACAAAACUAUUUAAAUAACCCUCAACACCAUUUGAAUAACCCAAAAAACCAUUUAAAUAAACAGCAAAAUCCUUUGUAUAACCAUCACCAAUAUCCACUACCGAUGCAACAGAAACCAAUGAUGCAGUUACCGCCACAUUCACAAAGACUUUCUCCGAAUCACCACUUUCCUUUAAGGCUACCCAUGGACCAACAGGGCCAGAGACCAAACCAAAUGCCAUAUUAUAUGAACGGCAAUAGUGGCAACGGGUAUGAAGUUUCGAUCCAAACGUCAAGCAAUGUACCAAGUUUUCCGAGCCAGUUAAAUUCAUUUAUGAAUCCAGGAGAACUACUGCAGCCCGUGCACAUGUUGAAGAAUAUUAUGCCGGCGAAUCCUAUGCAGAUAGUCCAGAAGCCGGCGGAAAUGAUAUUCAACACGGUCGACAAGUUUGGCAGAUACGGCGAGGGCGUAAAGGAAGGUUUAACCACCGCGUUCAAGAGUGUAGUUGGCAAAAUAUUUGAUCAAACCCAAUCGGGGGCGCAGACAGUGUUCGACCUGGGCUCGAACGGAACCAAUGCUAUCCUUAAUUUUGGACGGAGACUUUUGGUGCCGGAAACCCUCAAGAACCAGCAGAAUCCAACUGAAUACGGUGGCCAGUAUUAUUCGCCGCAGCAGGGUAUGCAGCCUCCGAAUUACGCCUUCAAUCCUAAAAUGUCACCCCCCAACUAUGGUGGAAUGGGCUAUAAUAAUAUGCAGCCCCAGGCGGGGACAGGACAAGUCAUGGCCGGUAACAGUAACGGUCAGAUGUUCACACAGCGCACAGCUCCGCAAUAUAAUACCGAGUACGCGUCACAGGAAGAGCAGAAUAUGCCGAACUCCGCCAUGUUCAACCCCAUUAGCGGAUCGCAGCCGAUAAUCCAGUAUGGCCAACCCUGAGGACAUUCUAGUGCUGUCUCGGAGUGUGCCCAAGCCACCGGUCCUCCGCCUUUUUAUCUUUCUUCAGUAUUCCUUCUCUCGUAUACACGUAUCACAUAUAUACAUAUAUUAUAACAAUGCAAUAUUAUAUGUAUUAUUAUUUUAGGGCUGGGAUUUUAAUGCCCUAAAAAAAAUAUAUAAAUAAAUAAAUGAGCAAAAAAGACUUGAUAAUAUAUCCGAAAAUGUAAUUCUUUGAGUUUGGGAAGUGAAAAACUAUAUAUAUUAUAAUAAUACAUAGCCUAGUGGUAAUAGGAAAAUUAAAAUAAAUAUAAUAUUGUUUUCGCCUCUUUAAAUGUGUUUUAGAUACGAGAACGGUGGUCGACGAAUGUUACGCGUGGGAUAUAAAUUGUGAAAAUGAUCUUAAAAGAUUAAUUUUAUCAAAUUGGUUGAAGAAACAAAAUAAAAAUAAACAGAAACGCAUAAACAUUUGUAAAGCACUAAAGCUACCUAUGAUUUACAACACAAUUGAAACAGAUUACGUCGUAUCAUUGUAUCAAAAUCUCAGCCCUAAUUAUAUUUAAUUGUAUAUAAUAAUAAACGCGAUUAUGUGUACAUUUACAUUGGUAGGCACCUGUUAUUUAUAUGUUACCUACCUAUAGUGUAUUUUCAAUAUUAUUGUUACAUUUUAGUACUUACAUGCACCCAAUGAUACCUAUAACGUACAGAUAAUCCUGUCCGAUAUAAAAUUAAAACAUCAUAAAAAAAUAAUACCUAUAUAUUAUAUAGGUGUAGGUAUCAACAUAAUGUUAUACAUAGAAGCAGACCAUCAAAGUAGCUUAAACCUCAUCUCUGUAUUAAUGUUUCAAAACUAUAAUAUGUUGUCAAUUUAAAUACCUCUAUUUUUACAUUGUUUGAUUUUUUAAUUGUUUGAGUAAAAAACGAAUCACAUAAUAGGUUCUCUUUUUUAUGAAUUAUCUGCACGUUUAACUUGAGUAAAGUAUAAUAAUCACGAACACAACCAAGGUGCUGGUACCACAACGCAUUCAAAUUUUGUUAUUAUUACUACUAAUUAAUAUAUCUAUUACCUAGUGUUUUUAAGUUGAUACGACAUAUACGUAUAAAAUAGCAUGUACAUGUAUCUAACUAUAAGUUUAAAGCAUACCCAUAUUAGCAACUAUGGGUAUGUACAAAAUAUUUAUUUAUUCGUUAAAAAUAAUAAUUUAAAUUGUUUAUUAGAAAACAUAAAAUGACUGGGAGAGCACUUUUUUAUUGCACUAUGAUCGUCUAGAUUUUAGAAGGAAAUAGCGGAGUAAAGUAUAAUAAUUAUUAUUGUUAAUAUGGUGUCCACGUAAUAUAUGAUUUAUGUAUGA